GAUCUGCGCUCUCACUGGACGAGCAGUGUCAGCAAAACUAGCCACCAUCUCAGUCAGUUUAGUUCAUAAAGUGUUUCUCUCUUUCUUGGCCUAACUCUAUUGUCAUAUAUAUUUAGUUCAAGAAGGCUUCAGUUAAAUUGUCGCGAGGUCCGCCUGGAUGGCUGAAGCCUCCGUUACAGACACAUCAAAGUUGAAUCCUGAGUCAGCUGAGUUUGUCCCACAAGCUAAACCGAACAGAAAAAGCUACAGGCCGCUGGAGAACAGUCAGGACUGGAGGGCUCAUCAUGCCGGGCAGCAUCAGCGAUUUAGACAGUCUAAUCAUGGGGACAAUGCAUUUAAAAACCCUGAGAAUAAUGCACUAACCCCUCCAGAACUUGCCAUCAGAAGAGGUGCAAGGGGAGGCAGAGGUGGAAGACAGAGAGGUGGACAAGGUAGUGGUAGACUUAAUAAUGUCCAACGUCCCCAGAGUGAAAGAUGGACAAAACCGGGAAGUGAUACCAACUGCCCAGGAAGGGAACGUGGAGCUGAUUUUGGUCGACGACCCCACAUCCCUACUUCUAACAGAUCCACAGAUGAGGAGAGGCAGGAAAGACUACUUGUAGAGACAGACACAAGAAAGUCUUAUCAAGGCAGCCGACAGAAGAAGCCCAAUAAAGAGAGGCGGGAGGAGAACCAGGCUGCUGGAGAAGACAAAAAGCCUGUUGGGCCUCGUGACAAUCCAGAACAGGAACCUGACUGGAGGAACCACAAGGGAUGGAGAGGUGGAGACCGGCGCGUACAGCCCAAUGUCCGUGGAGAAGGACCUGUGUCCACCCAUGGGAUUCAGGGUAACUGGAGGGAAAGAGAGCCCACUCAGAAUAAAGAGGAGACAAGAGGUGUAGAAGGUGAGCUUGGAAGAGAGGACAAGUCAAACUGGAGUGGAAGAGGUGGGAAAGGGAAACGACCAUUACUGCAGAAUCCAGGACUGAGGAGAGAUGGGGGUCCCGGUCGAAGAACCGGACCGGUGAAACGCAUGGAGCCUCCCAAGAGCAAAGAAACACAGACAGGGUGUCUAAUUGAGCAGCUAACAGAGGAGAAGUAUGAGUGUAUGGUCUGUUGUGAAGUGAUUCGACUUAUGGCCCCAAUUUGGAGCUGUCAGAGCUGUUUCCACGUAUUCCAUCUUAACUGCAUCAAGAAAUGGGCUCGCUCACCUGCAUCUCAAGCCGAUGAUGGUAGUGAAGGCUGGCGAUGUCCUGCGUGCCAGCAUGUGGCAUUGAAAUCCCCAAAUGCCUAUACUUGCUUCUGUGGGAAGGUGACCAAUCCUGAGUAUCAGCGGACUGAGAUUCCUCAUAGCUGUGGAGAUAUGUGUGGAAAGAAAAGGAGUGGAGGGGAAUGCAAUCACCCAUGCAAUAUCUUGUGCCACCCAGGUCCCUGCCCACAGUGUCCUGCUUUUAUCACCAAGCCCUGCAUUUGUGGGAGAAUGAGUAAGCAGGUGCGUUGUAGUCAAUCAGGACCUUUGCGCUGUGAGGAAGUCUGUGGGGCUCUGCUCAACUGUUCAGAGCACUCCUGUCUCCAGGUGUGCCACGCAGGGCAAUGCCAACCCUGCCAACUACGUGUACAACAAGCAUGCUUCUGUGGUGUGGUAUUCAGAGAGGUGGCUUGCGGGACUGAUCGUGCGAGUUUUGAUGGAUCAGGAUAUUUCUCCUGUUUCAAGCCCUGUGGAAAGAUGCUAGACUGCCAGUCCCAUCGCUGUCAGCAGUCAUGCCACCCUGGGCAGUGCCAGCAAUGUCCACGCAGCACCAGGCUGGUGCGCAGCUGCUCGUGUGGGCAGACUCCACUCUCUAAACUUCUAGAUCUUGGAUAUCCAGAGAGGAAGACCUGUACUGACUCAAUCCCCUCCUGUGGCAAGACCUGCAACAAGCCACUGCCAUGUGGGGAUGCCCACUCAGUCCACCUGUGUGAAAAGCUCUGCCAUGAGGACAGCUGUGGACCCUGCUCUUUGACCUCCAGUAUUCAUUGCAGAUGUGGCAGUAACAGCAAGGAGGUUCCUUGUGCAGCAGUUCAGUCUGAAGAAGACAUGGUGUUUACAUGUGAGAAACGCUGCAACAAGAAGCGCUUCUGUGGCAGGCACAAGUGUGGAGAGUUGUGCUGUGUGGACGUGGAACAUAAAUGCAUGAUGAUUUGUGGCUACAAGCUCAACUGCGGCCUGCACCGGUGUCAAGAGCUUUGUCAUCGUGGCAACUGCCCGCCUUGUUGGCAAACCAGUUUUGACGAGUUGGCGUGUUACUGUGGGGAGACUGUGCUGUACCCGCCCAUCCCUUGUGGAACCAAACCUCCUGAAUGUAAAAACCUGUGUACACGCAGACAUGAAUGUGAUCACCCAGUAUUUCAUUCCUGCCAUAGUGAAGAGAGAUGUCCUCCCUGUACCUACCUUAUCAAGAAGUGGUGCAUGGGUAAUCAUGAGCAAAGGAGUAAUAUCCCAUGCCACCUGCAGGACAUCUCAUGUGGUUUACUAUGUGAUAAGCUUUUACCCUGCGGUUCUCAUCGCUGUAAGAGGAUAUGUCAUCGUGAGGAAUGCCAGGCAGAGGGAGACUGUAAGCAGCCAUGCGCUCAUCCUAAACCUGACUGUGGGCACCCCUGUGGAGCUACCUGCCACACAGGCACCCCCUGUCCACCUAGUAUUUGCAGUGCCAAGGUGGCACUGCAGUGUGACUGUGGCCGUAAGAAGGAAACUGUGCUUUGUGCUGAGGCAGCCAGUUCCUACCAAAGAUAUGCUGCUAUUUCCAUGGCCAGUAAGCUGUCAGAUAUGCAGUUGGGAGAGUCAGUUGACAUUGGGCAGCUCACAAACAAGGAACAGAAAAAGGCCAGACUGGAGUGUGAUCAAGAGUGUGCUACACUGGAGAGGAACAGACGGCUGGCUGAGGCCCUGCAGAUUGACCAGUCAGUGGAUCCCUUCAACAAAUCCACAUCCUCCAAAUAUAGUGACACUCUCAAGGAGGAUGCAAGGAAAGACUUCAAGUUUGUCAGUGAAAUUGAGGAGGAAAUCAAGAAUUUAGUUGAGCUGGCCAACAAGGGUAAACAGCCAAAAAGGAGUCACAGUUUCCCACCUAUGAAGCGUGAACACCGGAGAAUUAUUCACGAGUUAGCCGAGGCAUACGGUGUGGAAAGCGUUAGCUAUGAUGGUGAGCCCAAGCGUAACGUAGUGGUCACUGCCUCCAGGGGAAAAUCUGUUUGUCCUAACAUUAGUCUGACUGCUCUGAUUGAAAGGGAAACUGUUGCCAGAGCCCCUCCUCCCAUUGCCCACAUCAAACAGCACAGCAAGACCGACAAUAGUAACACUUGGAUGAAACCUGCUAAAGAGGAGCCCACCACUGAUUAUUUUGAUGUGCAGGAUUGAUAUGAAAUUUAGAAAAAUCACUGUAAUCAUCACAUUUAAUAAAACUGCAUGUUAUCCUGGUAGUACAAAAACUUUGUUUCAUUAUAUCUUUAUAGUUCUGUUGGAUAUUUACACUGUGAGAGCCUGAAGCUAUGAGUUGUAGAGGUUCAUUCUAAAGAACAACCAUUUAUUAAUAUUUGUAGUCUGUGAACUUUGUUUAACUUGAACAUGUGCAGUUAACUUUUUGGUUGGAAUCCCAUUGUUCACUAAGCGGAUGUCUGGUUCGACAAAACCAGAAACUGAAGGACUUCUGUGGCUGGACACACUUAACACAGCCCUUAACCAACAAUGGCAAGUCGAAUUGGAAUUUCAACUAGUAAGAAAUUAAUAAAAGAUAUUCAACUAGUUUACAGCUCUAAUAAAUAAUGGCUUUACUAGUUGAAAUUCCAUUGCCAUUUUAAUUUCAGUAACUUGUAAGAAAGCCUUUUAAAAUAUUUUUAAUUGCUGUCCAAUUUAUUGCUAUCUAAAAUAUAAAAUCUGACAUGUUGAAAAACAUUUACAAGCAUUUUACUGGUCGCAAUUCAACUUUUGAUAUGAGGAUAGGCAUUUGCACUUGUAACAAUGUAAUUAUUGAUAUAUCAAAUUAUACAUUUUUACAAGUAAAAAGUACCUUGCUGAUAUAUUUAUUUGGAAUUUCAACUAUAAAGAAAUUAAUUAUACAUAUGUAAUUGUGUUUUGAUUAGGAUAAAUGGCAGAUCAUUGUGAAAUACUAUUGCAUAUUGAGAAUUAUGUUUUGUACUCGUUUUAUUGAUACCAAGAAUGGGCAUUUCUGCAAGUUAUUUUUGCACUUUGACUAGUAAUUCACAUCCUGCACCUGAUUAAAGGAGUAGUUCAUCCAAAAAUGAGAAUGUAGGUCCAUACAAUGCAAGUGAAAUCAGGCUCUAAAUCAUGAUAGCCAAUGAUGUUAUGAUUUAUAGAGGAAAAAGAAGUUACAUUUUGGUCUGUUCUCAUCCAAAACUGAUUGGAUUGCUUCUGAAGACACUGAUUAAUCCACUGAAGUCAUAUGGAUCACCUUUGUGCUUUUUGGAGCUUCAAAAUUUUGGACUUACAUUAUAUGGACCUACAGAGCUGAGAUAUUUUUCCGUAAAUAUUAGUUUGUGUUGCGUAGAAGAAAGUGAGUAAAUUAUAAGAGAAUCUUCAUUUUUGGGUGAACUAUCCCUUUAAAUGUCGAAAGGACUUGCAUUAAUUUAAUUGUUGUAAAUGACCCCUGCAGUGAGGAUAUUUGUGAGCAUCUCAAUUAAAUAAAAUCUGUGAGCUGACAAUUUUUCGCACAAUUAAAUUAAUAACAUUUUCCACAAAGAUAAACCAUACAUUCCUCCAGAAAGGUUAACCAUGCAUUUAUCUACAUCGGCUAUUUUUUUUAAGGUGAUUCUUAAAUGUGUAAGCUGGUUUACGAUAAAUCUGUUUAACCCUUGUGCUUCAAUAAAAAAAGGCCCAGGUCUUUCAAGGACAAAAAUGUCCACGUCAAAAAACGGCCAGAAUAAUAUUAUAUAUUAAUAAUCCACUUUAAUUGGUUAAUUUUUUUUAACCAACAUCAGUCCUGAUCAGAACUACCAAAUAAAUCUGUUUAACCCUUCAUUCAUUUUCAGGAUUUUAACCCUUUACACACACAAUUGAAUUAUUUUCCAGAUACAAAAUGCUUAAGGGAAUUUUGUUUUUUUAAUUAUCACAGUCUGGGAUAUGUCAGUAA